UCCUCUCGGUGUCACUCAGCAGACGAUCUUUGUCUGAGGAGCUCCGUCGUGUGGAGCAGCGGAGAGAGAACCGGAGCAGCGGAGCACCGGAGCACCGCCGCCGCCGCAGGAUGGGGAAGAAACAGAAGAAAUCCGGAGAGGACAGUAGUAAAGAUGACGGUAUCGAUAUCGACGCUCUGGCGGCCGAGAUCGAAGGAGCCGGAGCAUCCAAGGAGCCAAAAGGGAAGAAGAAGAAGAAAGGAGUCAAAAAGGACGAAUUCGAUGAGGAGGACAUCCUGAAGGAGUUGGAGGAGUUGUCUCUGGAGACUCAAGGAGGGAAGGUGAAGAAAGCAGACACCACAGAGGAAGUGGAGAGCGUCGAGCCUCCCAAACCAGAGAAGAAGAAGACCAGGAAAGGGAAGAAGGGCGGAGCCAGCCCCGAGGAUGAGGAGGGCGACGAAGGUCAGAUUAACGAGGAGAGGAACGGAGACAACAAGGCGCCUCCUGUUGCUCCUCCUGUUGCUCCUCCCUCCGACUCCGACGACGACGACAGCGGCUCUCGCAUCAGGACCAAAGACGCCAAGAAAGGAGGCAAACAACCUUCAGUGUCCGACGAAGAGGAGGACGAAGGUGUGAGGGGAGCAGGAGGAGGAGGAGGAGGAGGAGGAGAGAAGGAGGACAAUGACUCCGAGGACGACGCAGAGGUCUCCUCCUGGAGAGACAAAAAGAAGAAGAACAAGAGCAAGAAGGCGGAAAGCGAGGAGGAGGACGAGGACGAGGAGGAGGGAGGAGGAGGAGGAGGCUUCAAGAUGAAGACGGCGGCGCAGAAGAAGGCGGAGAAGAAGGAGCGGGACCGGAAGAAGAAGGAGGAAGAAAGGAUGAAACAGAAGAAGCUGAAGGAGAAGGAGGCCGGCGUGGAGGUGAAGAAAGAACCAGAGAAGAAGACGACAGAGGCCACGCCCCCUCCGACAGCAGCGGCGCCGGAGGAGCAGGAAGGGGCGGAGCCAGCAGCAGAGGACGACGGCGAGGGCGACAAGAAGAAGAAAGACAAGAAGAAGAAGAAGGGAGAGAAGGAGAAGGAGAAGGAGGAGAAGAAGAAGGGACCCAGCAAGGCCACAGUGAAGGCGAUGCAGGAGGCUCUGGCCAAGAUGAAGGAGGAGGAGGAGCGAGCCAAGAGGGAGGAAGAGGAGCUGCUGAAGAGGAUGGAGGAGCUGGAGAAGCAGCGACAGGAGCAGGAGCGUCUGGAGCAGGAGCGCAAGGAGAAGAAGAAGCAGAAGGAGAAGGAGAGGAAGGAGCGUCUGAAGAAGGAGGGGAAGCUGCUGACGAAGACGCAGCGGGAGGCUCGAGCUCGCGCCGAGGCCACGCUCAAGCUGCUGCAGGCUCAGGGUGUUGAAGUGCCAUCCAAAGACUCGAUGCCAAAGAAGAAGCCGGUUUACGGAGACAAGAGGAAGAAGAAGCCCAACGCUCAAACGCCUGAAGAAACAUCAGAGGUGACUUCACCGGCGUCGCAGACCCCGGAGCCCGUUGCCAUGGAGACGGAGGCUGAGAAGCCGACCGCAGAGCCAGAGGUGAAGCCAGAAGCUGCCGUAGACGACUGGGAGGCCAUCGCCACCGACGAGGAGAAAGAGUUGAAGAAAGUCCACAUCGAGGUGAAGGAGGAGACCGCCGCUCCUCCUCAGCCUGCGGGCAGCGAGGAAGACGAGGAGGAGGAUGACGAGGAAGAGGACGAGGAGGAUGAGGAGGAAGACGAGGAGGAGGAGGAGAGCGAGGAGGAGGCAGAGAAAGAGGCGACGGUGUCGGCGGCGGGUCCGGCGAAGAGGAGGGCAGGGAAGGAGAGCGAGGACGAGAGCAGCGACAGCGAGGACGACGACAGGACAAAGGAGGAGCGUCUGUACGACCGAGCCAAGAGGAGGAUCGAGAAACGGAGAGCGGAGAACAUCAAGAACAUCAACGUGGACAAACUGCGAGCGCCGGUGGUCUGUGUGCUCGGACACGUCGACACGGGGAAGACCAAGAUCCUCGACAAGCUGCGACACACUCAUGUUCAGGACGGCGAGGCCGGAGGAAUCACUCAGCAGAUCGGAGCCACAAACGUCCCCAAAGAGACGAUCGAGGACCAGACGAAGAUGGUUAAAAACUUUGACAAAGAAAACCUGAGGAUCCCCGGCAUGCUGAUCAUCGACACACCAGGACACGAGUCCUUCAGCAACCUGAGGAACAGGGGCAGCUCCCUGUGUGACAUCGCCAUCCUGGUGGUGGACAUCAUGCACGGUCUGGAGCCUCAAACGCUCGAGUCCAUCAACCUGCUGAAGGAGAAGAAGUGUCCCUUCAUCGUCGCCCUCAACAAGAUUGAUCGUCUGUAUGAUUGGAAGAAGAGUCCAGAGACUGACGUUUCGUCCACAUUGAAGAAGCAGAAGAAGAACACUAAGGAUGAGUUUGACGAGCGGGUUAAAUCCGUCAUCGUGGAGUUCGCCCAGCAGGGUCUUAACGCCGCCUUGUUCUACGAGAAUAAAGACCCCCGUACGUUCGUGUCGUUGGUUCCGACCUCCGCUCACAGCGGCGACGGGAUGGGAAACCUCAUCGCCCUCUUGGUCGAGCUCACCCAGACCUUGUUAGCUCGUCGGCUAGCGCACUGCGACGAGCUCCGAGCUCAGGUCAUGGAGGUGAAAGCGCUGCCCGGGAUGGGAACCACGAUAGACGUCAUCCUGAUCAACGGCCGACUGCGGGAGGGAGAGACCAUCAUCGUCCCGGGGGUGGAGGGACCAAUCGUAACGCAGAUCAGAGGGUUGCUGCUGCCCCCCCCUCUGAAGGAGCUCAGAGUCAAGAGCCAGUACGAGAAGCACAAGGAGGUGUCGACGUCUCAGGGAGUGAAGAUUCUGGGUAAAGACCUGGAGAAGACGCUGGCGGGGCUCCCCCUGCUGGUGGCUCACAAGGAGGACGAGAUCCCCGUCCUGAGGGAUGAACUGGUGCGGGAGCUCAAACAGACUCUGAGCUCCAUCAAACUGGAGGAGAAAGGAGUUUACGUCCAGGCGUCCACGCUGGGUUCUCUGGAGGCUCUGCUGGAGUUCCUCCGAACCUCUAAAGUCCCUUACGCCGGCAUUAACAUCGGCCCCGUCCAUAAGAGGGACGUGAUGAAGGCGUCGGCGAUGCUGGAGCACGACCCGCAGUACGCGGUGAUCCUGGCGUUUGACGUGAAGGUGGAGAGGGAGAGUCAGGAGAUGGCCGACAGUCUGGGAGUUCGGAUCUUCUGGGCCGAGAUCAUCUACCACCUGUUCGACGCGUUCACCAAAUACCGAGAGGACUACAAGAAGGCCAAACAGGACGAGUUCAAGCACAUCGCCGUGUUUCCUGUGAAGCUGCGAGUUCUUCCUCAGUUCAUCUUCAACUCCAGAGACCCCAUCGUGAUCGGGGUAACCAUCGACUCCGGCGUGCUGCGACAGGGGACGCCGCUCUGCGUGCCCAGUAAAGGGUUCGUGGACAUCGGCGUGGUCACCAGCAUCGAGAUGAAUCACAAGUCCGUGGACAGCGCCAAGAAGGGCCAGGAGAUCUGCAUCAAGAUCGAGCCCAUUCCCGGGGAGUCGCCCAAGAUGUACGGACGCCAUUUUGAAGCCACCGAUGUCAUCGUCAGCAAGAUCACGCGGGCGUCCAUCGACGCUCUGAAGAACUGGUUCAGAGACGAGAUGCAGAAGACUGACUGGCAGCUGAUCAUGGAGCUGAAGAAGACCUUCGAGAUCAUCUGAGGGACCUGAAACACACACACCACACACACACACACACACACACACACACACACACACUUCCUCCCACAGACGACGGACAAAAAAGACAAAAAAAAGACGUGACAGUGUUUUUCUGUGAGAAACGAACAGUUUUUUCCACUGUUGUAAACAGUGAUAGAUUAGAACAGACACACACUCACACUCACACACACACACACACACACUCACACACACACACACACACUCACACACUCACACACACACACACACACUCAGUAUUCCAACGUGCCUGUAUCUUCAGCAUCGACGUUGUGUUAUUAUUAUUUUUCUUCUUCUCUGCUCUGAUUUGUGGCUGCUGCUCCGUGUCCCUGGCUCCUCCUCCUCCUCCUCCUCCUCCUCUUCCUCCUCCAUCAUCGGACUGAGGAGCCUAGCGAGUCAGCAGAGCCAGUAAACCAGGUGCAUUGUGGGAUUGUGUUGAGCUGAAGGGCUGGAGGAGGAAGGUUUUUUUUUCCCAUUAUUAUUAUUAUUUUUUCUUCUCAUAAAACCAUCGAAGCAGCAACGGCGUCGACCGUAGAGACUCAUUAAAGAGGAGCUGACUCGGGUUUGUCGGCCAUGUUGGCGGGCGGAGGGGCGGUCUGAGCGACAGGAAGUCCCCUCUGAACAUUUUAAACUGUUUCUGCUGCAACUGCUGAUGUAAUAAAUUCCCAUGAUUGAUGAUGAAA